AAAUUCCAAACAAGUCUUGGUCCCUCUUUCACCACAAUAUCCAAUUACUGCUAGAAAACACUAGAAGCAUCCUCCCUCCAGUAUGUAAUAGGAACAACAGAACCAACAAUUUUCAUCUUCUUCUUAAUAUUUAUCUUAAUAUAAUCCCCAGAAUUCAAAGGCUUUUCAAGAACAUUUCACUAUAAAAGAGAAGAAGGCUGUUGCUGUUUAAUACACAUCUCAAUUUUCACAGACCGUCCCGUUUCGAAUCUAUCAAUGGCAGAAGUAACAAAGAGGUAUGCAGUUGUUACUGGAGCAAACAAAGGCAUAGGAUUGGAAACUGUGAGGCAAUUGGCCUCAAAUGGAUUCACUGUAGUCUUAACUGCCAGAGAUGAGAAAAGGGGUCUUGAAGCUGUUGAGAAACUCAAAGAAUCUGGCCUCUCUGGUCAAGUGGUUUUUCAUCAACUUGAUGUGGCUAACCCUGCUACUGUUGCUUCCUUGGCAGAGUUCAUCAAAACCCAGUUUGGAAAACUCGAUAUCUUGGUGAACAAUGCAGGGAUUAGUGGACGCCAAGUAGACGGUGAUGCUCUUAAAGCUGUAGUAGACUCUGGUGCCAUGGAAAGAGGAGAAGUUGAUUGGAAUAAAUUAAAGAUAGAAACUUAUGAGUUGGCAGAAGAAUGCUUGCAAAUAAACUACUAUGGUGCUAAAAAAACGGCUGAAGCACUUAUCCCACUCCUCCAGUUAUCUGACUCACCGAGAAUUGUUAAUGUUUCCUCUUCCUUGGGGAAGUUAAAGAACAUACCUAGUGAUUGGGCUAAAGGAGUUUUUACUGAUGCUGAUAACCUAACAGAAGAGGGAGUAGUUGAGGUACUGACUGAGCUUCUAAAAGCCUUCAAGGAGGGUUCACUUGAAAGUAAGGGCUGGCCUUCUUCUUUGUCUGCCUAUAUAGUCUCAAAAGCUGCACUAAACGCUUAUACAAGGAUUCUAGCAAAGAAGUACCCCGAUAUUCGUAUCAAUUCGGUAUGCCCCGGCUUUGUCAAAACAGAUCUAAACUCCAAUGCCGGCGUCUUGCCUGUCGAAGAAGGUGGUGCCAGGGUUGUGAGUAUAGCAUUGCUGCCCAAUGAUGGCCCUUCUGGUUCCUUCUUUGUUCAGUAUGAAGUGUCAGAUCUUAUAUCAAACUUGAAAUGUGCAAAGGUUUUCCCACAGACAGACGAUCCCAUAAACGAAUCAGCAAUGGCAGAAGCAAGAAAGAGGUAUGCAGUUGUUACUGGGGCAAACAAAGGCAUAGGAUUGGAAACUGUCAGGCAGUUGGCCUCAAAAGGAUUCACUGUAGUCUUAACUGCCAGAGAUGAGAAGAGGGGUCUUGAAGCUGUUGAGAAAUUCAAAGAAUCUGGCCUCUCAGGUCAAGUGGUUUUUCAUCAACUUGAUGUGGCUAACCCUGCUAGUCUUGCUCCUUUGGCAGACUUCAUCAAAACCCAGUUUGGGAAACUCGAUAUCUUGGUGAACAAUGCAGGGAUUGGUGGAAGCACAGCGGAUCCUGAUGCCUUUAGAGCUGUAGUAGAGUCUGGUGCCUUUGGAAGAGGAGAAGUUGAUUGGAGUAAACUAAGUACUGAAACUUAUGAGUUGGCAGAAGAAUGCUUGCAGAUAAACUAUUAUGGUGCUAAAAGAACAGCUGAAGCACUUAUCCCACUCCUCCAGUUAUCCGAUUCACCGAGAAUUGUUAAUGUUUCGUCUUUCAUGGGGAAGUUAAACAACAUACCGAGCGGUUGGGCUAAAGUAGUUUUUACUGAUGCAGAAAACCUAACAGAAGAGAGACUAGAUGAGGUACUGACUGAGCUUUUAAAAGCCUUCAAGGAGGGUUCACUUGAAAGUAAGGGCUUUCCUUCUUCUUUGUCAGCCUAUAUAGUCUCAAAAGCUGCACUGAACGCAUAUACUAGGAUUCUAGCAAAGAAGUACCCCACUUUUCGUAUCAAUUCGUUAUGCCCUGGCUUUGUCAAAACAGAUAUAAACUACAAUGUCGGUGUCCUACCUGUCGAAGAAGGGGCUGCAAGGGUUAUGAAGUUAGCAUUGCUGCCCAAUGAUGGCCCUUCUGGCUCCUUCUUUGUUGAGUACGAAGUGUCAGAUUUUUAAUUGAAGAUGAUCCGUUUAUGCAAAUUAAAUACAUGUCAUUUAUUUGGCAGAAUCUUGAAUUUCUAAUGUAACAAAGUGUAUUUGGACCCAGCACCAGAUCCCUUUUAAGUUCUUUCUACAUUCAAUAUGACUCGAGGACAACAUA